AUGGGACUGCACACUGCUUUCAAUGAUGACCUCAAAGAGGUGGACGUGAUCAUCGCCGGAGGUGGAACCUCCGGCUGCGUAAUUGCCGGGCGGCUGGCCGAGGCGGAUCCUGGGCUCUCUAUUCUGCUUAUCGAGGGUGGGAAAAACAACGAGAUGCCUACCGUCUCGGUCCCUGCCCUCUUCCUCUCGCACAUGCUGCCGGACAGCAAGACCAACAUCUUCUACAAGGCCAGAAAGUCGAAACAAGUGGCCGACCGUGAGCUUGACGUCCUAGCAGGAGGCGUGCUCGGCGGUGGAUCAUCGACCAACUACAUGAUGUAUAGUCGAGCCCAGCGCUCCGACCUGGACUCGUGGAACACCCCUGGCUGGUCGGCUGACGACCUGAUACCAUACAUGCAAAAGCUCGAGACCUACCAUGGCCAUGGGCCGAAGGAAGUUCACGGGUACGAUGGGCCUAUACACAUCUCCAAAGGUACACACUAUGCCACUCGUUUUCAAAACGACUUCAUAGCGGCUGCAAAUAAGCGCGGACUCCCGGAAGUUGAGGACCUCCAGCGCAUGGACAUGAACGACUGUGUGACAAGGGCGCUGCGAUAUAUAUCUCCCGAUGGCGUUCGCUCGGAUGCAGCAUCGGCAUAUGUUCAUCCAAAGCUCAAGGCCGGAACGCAUCCGAAACUACACGUCCUCCUAGAGUCUCAGGUCAUCCAGGUGCUUUUCGACCAAGACAAGAGAGCGACUGGCGUUGAGCUGAGGUCGAACCCGCUCUUCCAUGAUGAGAUCACCAUCAACACGGUCAAGGCUAGGAGGCUGGUUGUCCUCACUGCCGGCGCGAUCUCGAGUCCGAGCAUCCUUGAACGGUCCGGUGUUGGUGAAGCCAAAGUCCUCCAGCGUCUCGCCAUCCCCGUUGUGGCAGAUGUUCCGGGUGUGGGCCAUGGCUACCAAGAUCACCAUUUAAUCAUGUACACAUACAAGGCUGCCUUGAAGCCAGACGAGUCUUGGGACGGAUUCAUCAGUGGACGCCUCAAUGUAGAUCAGAUGAUCAAAGACAAGCACCCUAUGCUCGGUUCGAAUGCCCAGGAUGUCGGCAUCAGAAUUCGCCCGUCAGAUCAGGAUGUAGCCACCCUUGGCCCCGCCUUCCAGAUGAUGUGGGAUGAGCAUUUCAGGGAUAUUCCCGACAGAUCCUUGGCCUGUAUGUCGGCCAUUCCAGGGCUGGCGGAUCAACGUAAGGGCUCAGAUGGCCAGUACAUGUCUUUAUCGUGCUUCACCGUCCAUCCCAUGUCUCGAGGUUAUGUGCACAUCACGGGGCCAGGGAUAGAUGACCCGAUAGACUUUGACACUGGCUAUUUUGCCGGCGCAGGCAAUCUUGACCUCAAGAAGCAGGUUUGGCUGUACAAAAAGCAACGCGAAAUCUUUCGACGCAUGCAGCUGUUCCGAGGAGAGUUGGCCUCCACUCAUCCGCCCUUUCCGCCCGGGUCCAAAUCGGCUUGCAAGGACUAUACCGGGCCGCUUCCAGAAGACGUGGAAGAUAUUGAGUAUUCAGCGGAGGAUGACAUGAUCAUUGAGCAAUUCGUCCGUGAAAACGUUGGGACGACCUGGCACUCUCUCGGGACCUGCAAAAUGGCACCGCGUGAAGACAUGGGAGCCAUUAAUGCGAGUCUAAGCGUGCAUGGUGUGAGGGGUCUCAAGGUGGCAGAUCUGAGCAUAGCACCGGGCAAUGUUGGAGCCAACACGAACAACCUCGCCUUGACGGUGGGCGAGAAGGCGGCCGAUAUCUUUAUCAAAGAACUCGGGCUCAAGAGGUAA